CUCGUCGGACACAGUAUGACCGAUCUUCGCUCUUUCGUCGCACUGCAUCCUCCCGGUGCGUGCAGAACUCCCGGCGGCGGGACCGGAACAUACAGCGAGCGGUGGGGCCUUGCGCUGCCACAGUGCGAGGCGGCAUGCAAGCCGGAUCCGCACUGCCGUGCAUUCGAGUUCGCUCAGUACCUUGCUCGGACCGGCACGAGCAAGUGCGAGCUGCACACGGACCGUAUCGCCUUCGCCGCGCCCGUGUCGGGAGCUGCAUGCUACGUGAAGUCCGGACAGCAGGCGUCGUACGGAAAGAUGGCCACGCCGCCGCCCGUGAUGGCUGCUGCAGCAGUGCCUGCCCAAGCGCGAGAGUGCGCGAGGCUGGCCAACGCGUGGUUCGACCUCGCCUCCACCGCCCGGCUGAGGCUGCACAACAACGCCCUUCUGCCCGGGGUGCUCAUCCACAACCUUGAGCCCGAGGCGACGGGGAGGGGGGACCUCCUCCGCUUUGGCGACCCGCGCACUCGCCCCUUUAAAUGCUGUCUGGCCCGCAACCGGCUGCCGGCCUCUCUCGUCAGCAGGAGCAUAAGUAAUCGGAGCACGCCGCGGCGCGACUACAGCCGCUGCGAGGGGCUCGCACGGGCCGGGCCAUGGCGGUUGUGUCUCAACCUACCGCGUCGACUGGCCGGGCAUGGCGCUGCACCCGGACGCCACGCGACUGCUGUGCGCCUUCCCCCACGACACCGCCUCGCAGGCGCCCCACCCCCUCUCGCACCCAUCCGCGGGUGGAGCAGCAGCGCCGGCGGCGCAAAGGAGGUGUGCGAGACCGCGGUGGCGCGCGGGCACGCCUUCGCCGCGGACCAGCUCGAGCGCAUGCUCGAGAGCUGGAAGGAGCCGCAGAACGGCUGGAACUACAACGAGGUGAUCGUCGACGGCAUCGCAUUCUCGGCCGCGGCGCCCGCCUCCAUCCUCGCCUUCUUCGUGACGCCCUGGAACUCCCACGGCCCCGCCGGCCAGUUCUCGAGGGCCGCAGGCCGGUACGGCGCCGCGGGGCCGCCCGUGCUCUGCUUCGACCCGCGGAGGUACGCCUCGCCCUUCUCCGAGGCGGUGCAGCGAGGCACCGGCUGGAGCUGCUAGCACUCUCGGAUGUGUAAGAGCAUCCUAGAGACAGAAUAUGUGCCCGGCGUGAAGUAUGCGCCAGUCUACGUCGCCCCGCGGUGUGCGCAGCGUGCUCCCGCCUGAACCGUGAUAUAUUGGUUUUUACUGGUGGCACUUGUGGCAUGGACGCAGAUUG